AUGCUUGUCGUUCAUCCUGCAAGUUGCUGUGAUGUCUGCCUUGAUCCCUAUUCCAUCUCCUCAGAAGCUGCUCAUUCUCCACAUGCAAUUGCCUGUGGUCAUAUAUUCUGUCUCACAUGCCUUCGCUCCUUGCCCCUAAGUGCAUGUCCUCUCUGCCGCGAACCUUUCCGGCCAGAUCGUGUCAAGAAACUCUACCUCGCCAAUCCAUCCAAACAAGACGAUGCUGAACAAGAUGCUGAACAAGAUACUAACGAUGAUCAGCAUGCUAGCCUCCUUUUGCAUCGUAUGUCUCUAGUCUCAGGCGAAGACACGCCCGACGCAGAAGCUGUCAAAGUAGUCACCGAGGUGCAAGAAUGGCUGAAAUCUCAAUCGGGUAAUCCAAAUUCUCAUAUUCCACUACGAGCUGCAGUAACCUCCCUCCAGCGAAUCAAAGCUCUUCAAGACCAGAUCGAGCGCGAAAAAGCAGAAUGUUGUCGCCUUCGUGACAAGCUUCGUACCUGCAAACUUUACGCAGACCUCGACUCUAAGACAUCUCGCAUAGUUGAAGAAGGUCUGCUUUCUAGGAUUCAGAAAAUAGAGAAUGAACAUGCUCUAGAGGUGAUCAUUUGGUUGAGCGGCAUUCAUCUGGAAAUCCUUGUAAAAUCUCAACCUCGAUGCUCUAACACCAACAAUCUCAUCCCUCAGCCAAUUCAAUCUCCUCGCGCAGUGGAUUUGGAUAUCCACAUACGGAGGGGACACAAUAUCGCCUUCUCAUUGAUUGUUUUCGUCGAUAUCAUCGAGUUCGCGAUAUCAACCUGGCUCACAUCACAGUUUGAUGUUCAUCAUAACUACUUCAGUCUAGCUGGACGAGACUGCACUCAUUUUAUAUUGUUCACUUCAACAUGGACGCUCAUAUACUCUAGUUACCGCAUUUUUUUCUUUCCUCCUCCAAACAGUAUCUUGGGUAGUAUGACUUUUCAUAUUUUCUUCCUGUGUCUAACAUGGGUCUUCUGGGCCGUGGGCGCUGCAAGUUUAACUGCAGCUCUUGGUGGACAACUGAAUCGCAAUGCCCAAAGCCUUUUCGUGUACAGCGGUCAAAUUAUCGCGCUAGAUGUCUUCGCUUGGGUUAUUUUGGUUCUCGUAACUUUUGCAAUCUUCGUCGUGCACACCCGCGGCAUUCUCGCGGCAAGUCGAGGUGACGGCGCACGCCAGCCGCAGAUUGCCUGAAGGUUGUCCCAUACUGCCGUGGUUACUACCAGCGCGAGACGUCAUCCCUUGUUCCGUUUCUGUUCUAUGUACAACUUAUUUCUGCGUACUCUCCUGACGAUCUGCUUGCUGUACUACCAGUACUUCUUCAUCUACGUCAUGCAUUGCCGUUAUGGCUAUAAUCUUCUCAUUCCUGGCAUUCAUAGUUGAUACUCAUUCCCUCUUACGAUCCAAUGGCAGGAGCCCCACCUAAUUACCAAUCUAUCAC